AAUCCUAUCGACCUUAAUAACUCCUCAUAAACAGUAUUAAGCACGCCAAAUACGUAACUUAAUACUUAAUUACUUCCUUAAUUGGUUAACUCCCAACUAAAACCCCAUCGGAAGAAGUCUCUGGAGGGUCUUCUCCUCCGCCUAUUUCUUCUCCGCUUCCUUCCCUUCCGAUCGCGGAAAACCUCUCCAAUCAAUCAGUCUCUAACAAUGGCGGAUUCCGUCCUCGAUCCUAACCCACCUCCUCCGCCGAUCUCCGAUGCCGAUCCGCUCCUCGACCCGCUCUUCUUCUCCUCCUCCACAAACCCCGACCAACACGGCUUCAUCCCUACCGAUCUCUCCUCCUUCGAUUUCGACGACAGUUUCGAUCUAGACUUUGAUUUCGACGGCUUCCCCGAUCCUAUUAGCUUCCCUUCCGAGACCGAGUCCUUCCCUCCUCCCCCGGAUUCCGUCGGUGCACCAGAGGCUGACGGAUCGCCGGGAUCGGGGAAUUCUGUGGUGUCUGGUAGCGAUGGGGGUGGUGGCUGCUCUGACGUUGGGAAGUAUUUCAACCGCUCGCCUUCUCGUGCCGGGAGUUGCGAUUCCGAUGAAGGGAGUACGGCUUCAGUUGCUGUAGGGAUAGCGAAUUGUACUGAUGCAUCUCCUGUUUCGUCGCAUGGUUCUGGAAAUGGGGAAAGGUCUGAUGUUUCUGAGACGACGAAUGCCUGUUCUCCUGGUUCGGGGACUUUUCCGGGGAAAGAUGAGGAAGCGAUUGUGAGGAAAAAGAAGAGCGGCGCCGGCGGCGCGUUGCCGAAGAGGAAGAAGGAGUCGAGUAACGAUGCGUCCUCCAGAAGGCAGAAAUGUAGGGUUUCUGAAAUUCCCAAAUCGAAUUCUUCGUCGCAGGGGAGCGAUACAAAGACUGAGGAGUGCGGCAGCUUUGGACCUUUCGGUGAAGAAGAUGAGAAGAAGAAGGCCAGGCUGAUGAGAAACCGAGAGAGCGCGCAGCUGUCGAGGCAGAGGAAGAAGCAUUACGUGGAGGAGCUGGAGGAUAAGGUGAGAGCUAUGCAUUCUGCAAUUGCUGACUUGAAUGGUAAAGUUUCGUACUUUAUGGCUGAGAAUGCUAGCUUGAGGCAGCAAUUAGGUGGUGGCAAUGGCAUGUGUCCUCCUCCUAUGUAUCCACCGCCGAUGGCUCCCAUGGCUUAUCCAUGGAUGCCCUGUCCUCCAUACUUUGUUAAGCCUCAGGCUUCUCAGGUUCCCCUGGUUCCUAUCCCUAGAUUGAAACCCCAGCAGCCCGUGGCUUGUGCUAAAUCCAAGAAGGGUGAGACGCCCGCGAAAAAGUCUGAGACAAAGACCAAGAAAGUUGCUAGUGUUAGUCUUCUGGGUUUGCUCUUUUUCAUUUUUAUGUUUGGUGGGCUAUUGCCUGUUAUCAACGUUAAGUAUGGAGGGCCUGGGGAGAAUGUAGAUCGCCGGUUUCAUGAUAGUUUUUCGGAUCAGCAUUUUCGUGGGAGAGUGUUGGUAGCUGAUGGGCAUUCGAAUAGAUCUAGUGACAACAGCAUCAACAGAAUUCACUGUGAGAAAAGUAAGAAUGGAGGUGCAGAUCAUAUACCCAAACCGGGUGGUUUUGCACAUCCGGAUAACUCGAGUGAGCAGCUUCAUGCAUCCUUGUAUGUGCCACGGAAUGAUAAGCUCGUGAAGAUUGAUGGGAAUUUGAUAAUUCACUGUAUUCUGGCUAGUGAGAGAACAACAACAACAACAGAAUCUCAGGAGAAGAAGACUCCUGAAGCAAAACCCAUGGAGAAGGGUUUAGCAAUAGCUCAGGAUUUCUCAGGGGCUUUGGCUAUCCCUGACGGAAACAAUAGGGGGAGGAUCUAUAGAACUCCUGCUGAACAACAGAAGGCCAUUGGUUCCGGAUCUAAUGAUAAUUUGAAGGAACAGUUCAAGUCUUCUGCUGCUGAUGGUAAACUGCAGCAGUGGUUCCAUCAAGGUCUUGCAGGUCCUAUGUUGAGUUCUGGAAUGUGCAGUGAAGUGUUUCAAUUUGACGUUUCACCAUCUCCUGGUGCCAUAGUGUCUUCUCCCCCAGUCACUAAUCUCACCAGAGAACCCCAACAGAAAGCUACUCCUCCCUCUGACAAGAAAAAGCAUAGAAGAAUCCUCCAUGGCCUUCCAGUACCCUUCCCGGAUUCAGAACUCAAUGUCACUGGAGAACACAAGGGGCGAAACAACGAGACAUUCAACAUUCAAGGUAAUAAUAGUAAACCACCAGCCUCUUCAAUGGUCGUCUCCGUGCUUAUUGAUCCCAGAGAAAUCGCGGAUACUGAAGUGGAUGGUGUAUUUCUCCCAAAGUCCCUCUCUCGAGUGUUUGUUGUUGUACUAGUGGACAGUGUCAAGUAUGUCACUUAUUCGUGCAUGCUUCCCCGCUCUAGUCCUCACUUGGUAAGAGCUUGAAGAAAUGGCCUGAGUCACAGAACUGAGAAUGUGUACUGCAGGCCUUCAGUUUUGUGUAGAGAGAGAGAAAAUAGAAAACCUAGCUUCGA